GUCAAACUGUCAAAGUAGCGUGGCCUCAGCGCCAAGGCCUGGUUUCCAACUUCCAAGCACAGCUGCACAGCGCCAUGGCUUUCUCUGCCUCUGGGAGGGGAGGACGAGGGCUCCUCUUUCCGGCGGCAGCGGCGGCCGUGGUGCUAGUACUAGUUGGAGCGGCGCCGGCGGCGGGUUGCUACCCGCGCGUGUUCAGCUUCGGGGACUCGCUGGCGGACACAGGCAACUACGCCUUCGUCUACGGCAACAACUCCAACCCCGCGCUCCGUCUCCCGUACGGCGAGACUUUCUUCCACCGCCCCACCGGGCGCUUCUCCGAUGGCCGCAUCGUCGUCGACUUCAUCGCGGACACGCUGGGGCUCCCGUUCGUGCCGCCGUACCUGAGCGGGCGGAGCGCGGAGGACUUCGCCUGCGGGGCCAACUUCGCCGUGGGCGGCGCCACGGCGCUCAGCCCGGCCUUCUUCCGGGACAGGGGCUUCGACGGCAUGGGCAACCGAGUGCACCUCGACAUGGAGAUGAAGUGGUUCCGCGAGCUGCUGGACCUCCUCUGCCCCGGCAACCUCGCCGGUUGCUCAAAUAUGAUGAACCAAUCUCUCUUCUUGAUUGGAGAAAUUGGGGGCAAUGACUACAACAUUCCUCUUAUUUCUAGAGUGCCCUUCGAGAAGAUCCGCACCUUCACUCCAAGUGUUGUUGCCAAAAUUUCUUCCACAAUCACUGAAUUGAUUCAGCUAGGAGCCAAGACUCUUGUGGUUCCUGGGAACCUCCCAAUUGGGUGUGUCCCAAAAUAUCUGAUGAUGUUCAAGAGCGACAAGGAAGAAGAUUAUGAACCACAUACAGGUUGCCUUAGGUGGAUGAACAAGUUCUCACGAUACCACAACAAGCUUCUCAUGAAGGAGCUUAAGAAGCUUCGCAAGCUCCAUCCUGGAGUAACCAUCAUCUAUGCUGAUUACUAUGGAGCUGCUAUGGAGAUUUUCCUUUCCCCUGAACAAUACGGGAUCGAAUAUCCACUGGUGGCUUGCUGUGGUGGCGGAGGACCCCACGGUGUGUCCCCAACUGGAGGAUGUGGAUACGGAGAAUAUACGGUGUGUAAUAACCCAGAAAAGUAUGGAUCAUGGGAUGGCUUCCAUCCAUCAGAAGCUGCAUACAGGGCCAUUGCAAUGGGCCUUCUACGAGGUUCAUACACACAGCCGCCCAUGGCUUCCACCACCGGUUCAUGUCCACAGCUUGCGGAGCUCGAUUCUUCUGCUGAAUACAAGCCCCUCUACGACAUGUAAUAAUUGCGUAAUUACAUUUUAUUCGUACUACUUGAAAAGGUCAAACUUCAUUAGUUUUGAGUAAUGGUUAGUCAAAUUAUAUACACGUGUAGUGUGACAAUUAUAUCAAUAGUUUAUAUUUUGAAGUGUUUUUAAUACGAUAUUGAUUUGGUGGAAAUUCACAAUAUAUUGUAAGAUAAAUGGUCAGUACAUACUUUUUGAACACUAUGCGUUUAGAAAUUACUAAAGUAAAUCAGUUUUUCUCUA